GCCGGACGGACUCUAUUUGCAGACUCCCUUCCUUUUCUUCUUCGUUCAAUUUCACUCUCUCUUACUCUCAGCAAAUCGCCAUGGCUGUGGCUUUGAAGCUCCUGAAGCUACUCCGACCACUGCAGACCACCUCCACAAUCCUCCACCGCAAUCUCAGCCCACAGCUCUCGAGCAUUCGCAGUGUAACCAGAGUCUUCUCAGACUCUCCUCUUCUAACCGAGCCCCUCCCGGCUUCACCGCCGCUAAACCCUCAUUUUCCUUCCCCGUCGUCCCUGAACCAGUACGAGCUUGCCAAGUUCGCCUCCAUUGCCGAAACCUGGUGGGAUUCUGAAGGGCCGUUCAAACCAUUGCAUCUGCUGAAUUCUACAAGGCUUGCUUUCAUUCGCUCCACGCUUUGCCGACAUUUCGGGAGGGAUCCGUUAUCUCCUAGGCCAUUCGAUGGCCUCAAAUUUAUCGAUGUUGGCUGUGGUGGUGGAAUUGUUUCUGAGCCUUUAGCUCGAAUGGGAGCUACUGUGACAGGAGUUGAUGCGGUUGAGAAAAAUAUCAAGAUAGCACGUGUUCACGCUGAUUUGGAUCCAGUGACCUCGAGAAUUGAAUACCAAUACACUACAGCUGAAAAGCUAGUUGAGGAACAGAAGAAUUUUGAUGCUGUUUUUGCUUUAGAGGUAAUUGAGCAUGUAGCCGACCCUACCGAAUUCUGCAAAUCUCUAUCAGCAUUAACUGUCCCCGGUGGAGCAACUGUUAUUUCAACCAUUAACCGUUCUAUGAGAGCGUAUGCUACUGCCAUUUUUGCAGCAGAGUAUAUCCUCCAAUGGCUUCCUAAAGGUACACAUCAAUGGUCCAGUUUUCUCGCUCCCGAAGAACUAGCCCUGAUCCUGGAGCGUGCUUCUAUUUCAGUCCAAGAGAUGGCUGGGUGCGAGUACGACCCUUUGUCAGGUAGAUGGUCUUUAUCCGACGAUGUUAGUGUAAAUUUUAUUGCUUAUGGUGCUAAAACAAUAACAUCCAAUUUAUAAUGUUAAGGAAAAAGUAAUUUCCAUGCUCCCCCCCUUCUUGCUUGAAUGAAAAUUUUGUUCUUCUUCCUA